UCGUGUGUGAGAUUAGUGGAGAGUUUAAACUCGGUCUUAUUAUUAUGGAUCUGCUGUUAUAGACAAAAACCUGAUAUGAACUGAUUUAAAAUGUGGACAUAUUUCACCACCAGCAGCGAUAUGACUGUAUGAAGAACAGAGAAGGAUUGUAUUAGUGUGAAUCUGUAGGAGGAGAUAAAGAGAUAAAAAUGGCGGCUGCAAGAAACAAUGAGUUUAAACUCUUUGGACCCCGUGAUGUAAAGCGUCAGUCUGGCUCUGCGGUCACUCUCUCCUGUCACCUGUCUCCUGAAAUCAGUGCUGUUGCCAUGGAGAUCAGGUGGUUUAAGGGGACGGACUGUGUUUGUCUCUAUAAGAACAGGCAGGUGACAGAGGGGAGGGGCUACGAGGGCAGAGUGAGUCUGUUCACUCAGGAGCUGCAGAGAGGAAACGUCUCCUUACAGAUCAGAGACUGUAGAGGGUCUGAUUUAGGAGACUAUCUGUGUCAGGUCACCAAUGGAGACACAACAGAGGAGUGUACAGUAAGAGUGAGGGGUAAGUAUUCCAGAAGUUCACUCUACAUAAACUCAUCAUCAUCAUCAGCGUCUCAGAAUGAAAGAUGAAGAGACAGAAAUGAGGAACACAGAUGUUCAGAAUGGUGUUGUUCAGAUAAAGCAGGUAAAACAUACAGAGGAUAAAUGAUGUUAAUGUGGAGUGAAGGACAGAUGGAGCAUUUCAGUAGAAAAAACAGUGACUCUGUUUCUCACUCUGACUCUAAACCUCCACAUCAUGACUGCACGGCGGAAAACUUACAACUGCAGCUGAACUAAAAAUACAGUUUAAGAAUUUAAAUAUUUUAGUGAUUCUGAUUAAAGUUUCAGUGAAUCUACAGACUGUAAUCAGAUCAUCGAUUUAACACACACAAUAUAUAUUAAUUAUUAAAAUAUUAUAUUUAA